UUUCUGUGGUUUGUGGAGUGUCUCAUUCUAGGUUUUUGCCCUGGAUCGAGGUUUGAAGCGCGAUUUUUGCGAGGAAUUCGGCUGUGCGCGGCCCGAUUUCGAGGUCAGAUCGCCCAAUGGCGCGAUGACAAUGAGGCAGGCAGGGAUUCUUGAUGCGCCGAAUGGCGCGGGCGCUGGAAUUGGCGGGGAGAGUGGGAAAUUGUCACAGCGCGGCGAAGGGUGGGAAAAUCUUCCUCCAUACAGGCAGCUCAAAGUCCUCCUCGUUGAAGAUGAUGAUUCCACGAGGCAUGUCGUGGCUGCUUUGCUACGCAAUUGUGGCUAUCAGGUUGUGCCUGCUGCAAAUGGUUUGCAAGCGUGGUCUUUACUCGACGAUCGCAACCGGGAGAUCGAUCUGGUUCUUACGGACGUGGUGAUGCCGGGCUUGUCAGGACUUGGACUGCUCUCGAAGAUAAUGCAUCACAAGAACCACCAGAAAGUUCCUGUUGUCAUGAUGUCGUCUCACGAUUCUACGAAUGUGGUUUUCAAGUGCCUGACGAAAGGAGCUGCGGACUUUUUGGUGAAGCCCGUGCGCAAGAACGAGCUGAAGAACCUGUGGCAGCAUGCUUGGAGGAAAGCUCGAAGUUCGAGUGGAAGUGAAAGCGAAACAGGGAGAUUAAACAAAUGUGGAGGCUCCUGCGGCGAAUUAAGCAGUGAUUCUGGAAGUGAGGAAAUCCGCAUUUCUGAUCAAAGUGACACGGAGAGUUCGUGCACGAAAAAGGUGGCGGAGCUGGAGAGCCCACGAAAGUCCAGGCCGCGAGCUUUCACAAAACCAAAGCCGUGUCCGCCAUCCAGGCGGGCACGCCGGACGAAAGAUUCUGACACGGUCGAUGAUGUUGGUGCCCGUCUCAAACCCGCGGAUUCACCAGCAGACACGGAUCGAGCAAUGGAGGCUGUGGACUUGAUUGGAAACAUUGCCGAGCCGAGCACGGCCAAGGCCGCCGAGGAAUUCGAGUCCGAGAUGGGGGCAAGCAACAGCCCGGAAGUCAUCCUAGAACGAGAUGUGAGCUCCUCAGACCCGGCGCCAACGUCGGGAAAUCUGGAGCUCGCUCUCAAAAGUCCUACCCCGGACCACGCUUACGAGCCGAGCUAUGUCUUAAACCAGUCAGGACCUUCUGCCUUCUCAAGGUACAACACGAAACAAAAACAAGCUAUUGAUCAUCACCACCAACAGCAACAGCAGCAGCAGCAGCAGCAGCAGCAACAUCAACAACAGCAACACCAGUUUUCUUCCACAGCAAGUGUCCAACUUCCAGGCCAGAUUUUUACUAACGGAGGAACACAAACUGGAAGGUCGAACGAUCAGGCAGCGGCUGCCGCAGCAGCAGCAACGGCAGCAGCAACAGCAGCGUUCUUUGCUAGGCCCGAGCAGCAGCAUCAUAUAGUCACUCCGGUGCAAUACGCGACAGUACUUUCUUACGACCAGAGCUUACCAGCGAGAGGAGGAGCUACCUAUUACUACACACAGCCGGCUUUGCCGCCAUGGCAGCACGCUUUCUCACCACCACAACAGCAGCCUCGCCUCGACAAUCCAGACUUCGUGGAGCAGCAGCAGCGUCAGCAGCAGCACUUCGUGGAGCAACAACAACGUCAGCAGCAGCAGCAGCACGAAGAACAAAAGCACCGGAGCUUCCAAGCGCUUACAAACAUCAUGGCUCACCACCACCACUACCACAUCGAGCACCACCACCACGAUAAAGCCAGCGGUAGCAACGAGCUUGAGACCCCGGGCUGUGGCUCCACGAACGUCGCUGGAGAUGGUAGCGGUGGUGUUGGAGGUGGUGAGCUCCACUCAAGUUUGCACGCCUCCAACAAUAAUGGUGGCAGUGGGAAUGGGAAUGGUUGGAGCAGCUAUGGAAACAAUGGCAGCGUGAGUGGAAGCAACCAUGGCAGCAACAACGUUUACAACGACAGCACCGCCAAGAUGAGUAACUUUGGCAGCUGCUGCAAUGGUGGCGAUAGCAAUCCGGGCUCCAACAAUUGUGGCGCUCCGGCCGAGAACGCCGCCAACAACAGCAAAGUCAGGCGAGAGGCCGCUCUGAACAAGUUUAGACAGAAACGAAAGGAGAGGUGCUUCGAGAAGAAGGUUCGGUAUCAAAGUAGGAAGAGGCUUGCGGAGCAGCGCCCUCGAGUGAGGGGCCAAUUUGUGAGCCAAGCGGUGUUCGAUUCGUCCAUCAACAAUUUACCAUGUCAAUAGUGUACAGACAAUGAGUUUUUUCUUGGCCUUUUUUUUGUUUCUCUAGUGUAUCAAAAGAUGCAAUUUGACCUUCGUGUUCUUCUCGCC